AUGUUUCAUUUUGCUGGUGGCUCGACAGAGGGAACAAUUCCACAUCCAAGUAAUACGCAAAUCUCGAAAGUACAGUUUUCACCAGAUGACAAUGGUCAGCUGCUUGCAGUGUCAAGCUGGGAAGGUACUGUUCGCAUUUAUCAUUUUCCUGCUGGUCCAGUCACUGCACUUGAGAAACGAGUAUAUACACAUGCCAAGCCCGUCUUAGCAUGCACUUUCUUCACCAGAAAUGAUAUUGCGAGUGGCGGUCUGGAUAAUUUAAUAAAAACAUACAACAUGGAGAGUGGUGCAGAAUGUAUUCUUGGACAUCACGAAGCUCCUGUGCGGUGUCUAGAAUAUUGCAAGGAACACAAUUUGGUGGCUUCAGGAGGAUGGGAUUCUGCAGUGAUGUUAUGGGAUGCACGGUCAAAAAGUUCAGCUGGAUUUGGAAAUAAUGGUGAUAAAGUUUAUGCAAUGGAUGUACACGGGAAUAGGAUUCUUAUUGGUACAAAAGAUCGUAAAAUAAUUGUGUGGGAUGUGCGCAAUCUUGGUGAACCUGAGCAGAUACGUGAUAGUCCACUCAAGUUUCAAACACGAGCUGUGAAAUGCUUUCCAACUGGCGAAGCUUUUGUUGUUGCUUCUAUUGAAGGGCGUGUGGCGGUGGAGUAUUUCGAUAUGUCAGCAGAAGUUCAGAAAAACAAAUAUGCUUUUAAAUGCCACCGUGAAAAGGACGAAUCUGGUACCGAAAUGAUAUAUCCCGUAAACUGCAUCGAUUUUCAUCCCAUACAUAACACCUUUGUUACUGGAGGUUCAGAUGCACUUGUAAAUAUUUGGGACCCAUUUAACAGGAAACGAAUAUGUCAACUGCAUAACGUUUCAUUCAAUGCAACCGGAACACAGUUAGCAAUCGCAGCGUCGUAUAUGAAUGAAUUAAAAGAGCGCCCUAAUCCGGAACCCGAAAGUACAGUUGUAGUGAGGAAGAUUACAGAUGUAGAAGCAAGGCCGAAGUGA